AUGACUGCUCAAACUUUUGAAGUCAAAAAGCCCGAAACGUGGCAUUUAGCAGCGACGAUUAACAAUGAGUUACGAGAAAUGAUAAAUAAUGGAGUAAAGGGGAGGUUCACUGGCGAUACGGAGCAUCUUACUCUAGAGCAAAUGCGAGCCAAGUUUGACAGUCUCUUCCAGCAAGACGCUGAUCUUCUUCGCUCGCAGAUGCAAAAUGAAGUGUCUGAAGAAGAGAUUAAUAUUCCCGUCAGGGAUGGAUUCAAAGUCAGGGCGCUCGUUUAUCGUCGCAAGACUGACCAGUCGAAGGCAGACCGGCCUCUUGUAAUUCUCAUUCAUGGUGGAGGCUUUAUCCUGGGCAACGCUGAGAUGGAGAUGCCAACCUGUGUUGAAGCAGUCCGGAGAUAUGAUUGCGUCGCGGUGAGCUUGGAGUAUCGGCUUUCUCCAGAAGUAAAGUUUCCUGUUGCAUAUGACGAUUGCUGGGACGCUCUCAUAUGGCUGUCCAAGAACGCGGCCACUCUUCAGGCCGACCCAACUCACGGCUUUGUCUUUGGCGGGACCUCGGCUGGUUCACAUCUCAGCAUCCCCUUGGCUCACAAGGCUCGGGACGAAAAGCUCUCACCUCCACUCACUGGGCUUUACCAUUGCGUUCCUCCUGCUCUGAUGCCACAAGCCCUUACUGACAAGUAUAAGCCCCUCUACAACAGUAGAGAACAGCUGAAGGAUGGUAUGGCGCUCACUGCAGAGUCUACAAAGGUUUACGACAAGGCCGUUGAGCCAGACUUUGCUUCGCCACUCUGGAACCCUCUCCUUUGGCCAAAUGGGCAUAGAGGCUUACCCCCCACGUUCUUCCAGAUCUGUGGGGCUGACCUGUUGAGGGAUGAGGCAUUGAUUUAUGAGAGAGAACUUAGACUCGAGAGUAGGGUUAAGACUAAGACGGUUGUGUAUGAGGGGUUGCCGCAUGUGUUUUGGUAUGAUUAUCCGACUCAUAGUGCAAGCACCAGGUUUGCUAAGGACGCAGCUGAUGGCUUGGGAUGGCUACUUGGCCGGGAAAAGUAG